GCCAAACAUGACGUCCCUUCGCCUCCUGGCACUGGCCUUCGCAGCCAUUCAUCUUCCUACGAUUGUUGCUCUUCCGGCAACCGACGCCCAGCUUCUGCCAACUUCACUUCAGACUUGCUUGAAGAACUCCGGUACAGAUGUCGUCUACCCUAGUGAUAGCAGAUAUAAUGCGCUGGCAAAACCGCAGAACACCAACUACCAGGCUCACCCGGAGGUCAUUGUGGUUCCUUCUUCGGCAGAACAGCUCGCAGCCAUCGUGCGAUGUGUUGCUGCUGAUAAGGGGAGCACUAAAUUGAGUCCUCGGGGAGGUGGACAUAGCUAUGCUGCCUAUAGUUUCUCAGGGCAGGUCGUCAUCAACCCUAGCAAGAUGAAGACGAUUUCUAUCGAUGAGACCAAGAAGGAAGUGACGGUGCAAUUCGGUCAGACGUUGGGUCCGCUGGCCAAGACGAUCGGACAAAAAGGUUACGCGCUACCGCAUGGCACUUGUCCUACGGUAGGCGUGGCAGGACACUCCCUGGGUGGUGGAUGGGGUUAUGCCUCGCGCAAAUGGGGCUGGUUGGUGGAUCGAAUUGUGGCUCUGCAGUUUGUCGAUGUCAACGGAAAUAUCAAGCGACUCAGCGCCAGUUCGACAGGGGCAGAUGCUGAGCUGUGGUGGGCUCUUCGCGGCGCAGGUUCCAACAACUUUGGUGUCGUCACUGCAUUCACCUUUGCACUGGAGCAAGCCCCUACUGCCACUGUAAACUACGAGCUGCACUUCGGCCCGGAGGCAGACUGCACCCAGGUCCUGCUGGAGGUCCAAGCGAUGGGAACCCUGCCUGCUACCGACCCUAACGGCCUUCCUCUAGAUCUGGGAGUUGAGGUGUUGCUGAUGGGUCGCGAUAACAACGAAGAUAGCGCCUGCCAGCUCCAAGGCCAAUACCUCGGCAAAAAGUCCGCAUACCAGCCGGUCAUGAACAGACUACUGAACAAGCUCGCUGCGAAAGGCAUCAAGCCAAAGACCUCCGAUUCCAAAGUCAACGAGUUUAGUAGUUGGGUUGCUGCCCUCACCGACCUCAUGGGUCCUCUCGAUGCGUCGGACGAUUAUCUGCCAUACUACGCCCAGUCCCUUGUCGACAACGGAGCUCCCAACUACACGCAGAAGCAGACGAACCUUGUCUUCGAUGCACUCCGCGUGGCAAGGGGCAUCAAGAAGACGGAAAAUGACGUUUCCUUCGACCUCCUCGGCCCCGGAUCUAAGACAAACGGCCCAACUUCCACCGGCGAUAUGGCGUACAUUCAUCGUCAAAGCCUGUUUCUGGUCCAGAUCUAUUCGGCCUAUUUCCCCGGUUUUAGUGAUUCCACGCGUGCAAGCGCAGUUAAAAAAAUCACGGCGAUCACAAAUGCGAUCAAGCAAGCCAGACCAGCCAGCGAAUGGCACUCUUAUCAGAACUAUAUCGACCCUCAUCUGGAGAACUUUGGCCCUCAAUACUAUGGCGAGGGGCUUGACCGUUUGAAAGCGUUGAAGUCAGUGGCAGAUCCUAACACGAUCUUUGACUUUCCUCAAGGUCUAGUUCAUGCGUAGGAUGGAGCUCUCGGACUUGAUGCCGCCGUGGUUCAUUGGCUGGAGCUGAGUACUACUUUCAAGAUAAGUUACUAUUGAUGUUAUAAUCGACCGCCGCUAUGGCAUCUAGCUUGAACAUAAAUAAGCCUUGAAGAUCUCAUUUACCA